AUGCAGCCAUGGCAGGGCCAAGGAGGCAAUGGCGACGAUAACAGCUCCUGGCAGAGCAACUUCAACGCUUUUGCCCCUCAAGAUGGCCAAUACAGCCAGCAACAGAACUGGGCGCCCCAGCAUCAGACGCCUGGCGGCGCAGCAUAUGCCCAGCCCCAAGUGAACCACGUCGACAGCCCGGCCAACCUAUACCACGAUUCGAACCAGUUCUCCAACUACUCUGGUGGUCAUGAAACCCUAGGUCUCGGCCGACAGUAUAAUGGACAGGGUCUUCUUGGUGGCGCAUCAUUCAAUGAUGUGCAGCGUGAUCCGUACGGUCAGCAGGACAACGGACGCCAGGCUGGGCAGCAACAGGUGCAACCGCAGCAAGGAUUCUCCCACCAAGCCUUCGCUGACUUUAAUCCGCAAACCCAUCUUGGCCAACAGCAGCAACCGCAGCAACAACAGCAACAGCCGCAGUACUCCCAACCACAACAGCGCCAGUACUCCCAGGCACCUGCUCCGAACUACUCUCAUAAUAUCGCGUCCACCCAGCUGCGACCAUCGCCCACUCCGCCGAUACCAAGAGAGCAAAGCUACACGCCAGAUAUAUACGCCCCGCAACUCAGCAAUGGUCAGCAGACAGCCUCUUAUCAAACGAGCCAUCAACAGCCGCAGUACCAGCAGCAAUCUUCAUCGUACCCCCAGGCACUGCCCAACAACCAAUUCAACCUGAGGCAGUCGGCAGCACCGCAGUUUUCUGCUACGCAACCACAGCCCUUGGUAUAUGGACAGAAUGGGACGCCGCAGCCGCCGCAAAACGCCCCAUACCAACCGCCACCCGCGGCCGGGUACGUAGAGGAGCCGUCCCCCAAGAGACAACGGACCAUGGACUCGGCUACGUUCUCGCCAGCCCCUGAAGCUCCCCCGACCGCGACAGAGAUACGCUCUCGCUUCGAGGAAUUGGACUCACUACCCCCGCCUACGCAAAGUCCCGAAGAGGCGCAACUCGUAAACACAUUCUCUAGGCGCACAAAAGCUGCACAAACCAAGUUCCCCCCCAUUGCGGGCCUGCCAAACCUUGUCAGCCUCGGAUCCGUCAAGCUUCCGGCCCCAAAAAGCUAUGAUAAGCUCGCGCCGUUGGUAGCAACCCCCUCGAGAAGCAAAAAGCCCCUUGUGCCAGAAAUGGGGUAUGAUCUACCAGCUGAGAUCCAGGGGAGAUUUGCCAGUCAGUAUGCUCCGGCACCCGACAAGCUGGGGCUGGAUGAGCGACGCGUGGAAGCUCAGGCGCUACUGGACGAAUUUGAGACCUCAAUGAAAGCCACCGGGAAACGAAGGCCCAAAUACACCGAGUAUCCUCAUACCUUCAAAGAGCAACUCAAGGCAGAUGAGCUGUCGAAGAACAAGAAGGCGAAGAAAGAAUUGAAAGAGGACAAAAGCAAGCCGAUUCGCCCACCUACCAGGCCCGAUGAUAUUGUAGAAGGGGCCGCAUGGGACGCCAUUGGCAUUGUUCGCGUCGAACCUUCUGCCAGCAAGACCAGCAGUCCCGUUGCAAAUCGCAUUCAGCAAGCUGGCGAUCUCUUCAUCAAGCUGCGGGGUGACAUGAACCAGGCGAAACAGCAGCUUGACCAGGCGGUGUUGGACAAGAAGCCCGAGGCCGAGAUUGCGACACUUAGGAAGGCUGCAGAGGAGAGAAAAAUGGCACUGCACCGAGCAAUCGACGCCACCAUCGAACACGCAGAUGACGCUAUUAUCGACAACCUAGGGACCCACCAAAAGCUGAUUCUCAGCUUGGUGAACGUCUUGAUCAGCUCUAUCAAGGCCAACGACUUCACUGGCAAGUUGCCGAAAGUCGUGUUUGAGCUGUUCACGCACAUUCCGAUGACCAAGAAGAUUGCAGAGACGACCAAUUUCGACACCGUUCGCAAGCGCUUUAGCGACAAGGGCGACGAUGAAAUGAAGGAGCUUGUUCGUGAAGUGUCUAUCAAAGUCAGGAAGGUCCUUAAGGAAGCCGAGUCAACAGGCUAUUCGGGCACAUCGGCCGCUGGACGAGCGAGGGCGGCGGCGACUAAGCCUACUACCGACGCAGCAAGUACCAAGCGUGGGCGAACCGAUGAUACGGCGGAUGGCCGGACGGUGAAAAGGGUCGCAACCGAGUCGACGGGCGGCAGCUCUCUUAUGAAGAAGCUCGCCCAACCGAAGAUUCAGCUGCAGUCCGCCUCCAAGUCGACAGCAGCAAAGGGUGCCUCUACAAUCAGCGAUCGAGCGAGGACGGCACCUAGCAAGCCAAGUGUGAAGCCUGAAGCGAGCGAGGAUAAACCCAAGGUGGAGGCAAAGAAGAAGGCGGUAAAGCCACCAGCGCCCACUAUGGGGCCGGAGCCUUCCUCUGGCGCCUUGUCUGGCAUUGGAUCACUUUUGGCUUCAAUCAAUACACCACAAGCGAAGGCAGCUGCCGCAGGGCCCUCACAAGAAAAGGCGAAGAAAGGAACGCCGCCACUGGAAACGGAGGAGGAGAGGACUAAGAGGCUACGCAAAGAGGCGCGCAGGAAUCUGCGGGUGUCGUGGAAGCCUGCCAGUGAGUUGGUGCAGAUCAAGGUCUUCGAGAAGGAAGAGUCUGAGGACGAGGGCCGUCACGUCAACAUGGUCCGGGACGCUGCCGAUGACAAGUCUGAGGGUAUGGUGCUCAAGCAGAGGGCCAAUGUGGAAGACGACGACUCAGACUCGGACGACGAGGUGCCCUUCAAGCCAUGGAUGGCGCCUCUAGGCUUGGACUACUCGCCGCUGCCUGAAUCCACGCGUGAGAAGAAUUACGUGACCAGAGGCGGCCGAGUGACGUUCAGGACAGAGGAGCAGGAAGCUAUCGCCAAGCGCGAGGGCGAGGUGCUGAUUGCCGCCUAUGCCACCGACGCGGACAUCCCACCGUCGCCAAGCUCACCUAAGAUGGAGGCUGUGACAGGUGAUGAUAUCCACAAGGUGGCCAACUUGCCCGUGGAGGGACCAAAGUACGAAGAGGUCCAGAACCGCUGGUGGGACGAGCAGCACUUGGGCGCCGACGGCGCUUUGUAUGCAGCAUUGCAACGUCUUGGGACUACCUCUAGCCCUGCAAACAUGCUAGACUCCAUACUCGGCCGCCUGGGCGGUUCGACUACAACCCAGCCCGCUGCCAGCGUGGCUGCUCCUAAGCUGGGCGGCACCGACACCAAUGUGCCACUUGCCAUGGGCUCAGCAACUGCUGAACAGGUCGUUGCCCUGCUUAGAUCUGAUCGCGCCCAGGCUUGGCGCGACCCGAAUCCUGUGACUUCUGACAUACACCGCGUCCACCACUACUCCGAUCCCCAGACCAAGAAUUCCGCCGCGGUUCUGGAGGCUGCAGUCAGGCUUCUUGCUGGAAAGCCGUACCCAGCGACAGCGCCUCCUGACUGGUUGCAGCAUGAUGAGGAAAGGAUCCGGGAAUGGUGGUUUGUGUAUAACAAGGAUGCUGCUGCGCGGCAAAGGCGGGCAGAUGAGCAGCGCGCCAGGGCUGAAGCAGAGAGGGCUGCCCAGAUGGGUUCACAGCCAGUAGGCCUGCAGGCUUCAGGCGCCGAUGCGCAGGCGUGGAUGGCGUGGUACGCGCGCGCCUCGCCCCAAGAGCAGCAGGCGUAUGCCCCGUACAUGGCGAUGUUGGCGCAGCAGAUGGGCGGAGGGCAGCCAUCUCAGCCACCGGCGCCGACACAGCCGCCUCAGGGCCAGCCUGACCAGAUGCAGGCUAUUCUCGCCGCCAUGGGGCAAGGUCAACCAAAGGCAAACGCGUCUGGUGCCUAUGGCUACAAUCCCGAUUUCCAAGCUGGACAACAGCAGUCUCUGUCAACUAAUGAUCGACACGACUAUGGGAGAGGGCUAGACGCUCGUGACUCUGACCGUCACAACCGGGACCACAAUGACUGGGAUGACUACAGUCGUGACGAGUACGGAAGAGAAAACAACAGGAACAAGGACAAGAAGAAGAACAAGCCGGGUCCAUCUACCAUUCACAAGCCGCCCAACGUGGCGCUUAUUGGAACGAAGCCGUGCACGUUUUGGCAGCAGGGCAAGUGCGCCAGGGGCGACAAGUGCACAUUCAGGCAUGAUUAA